UUAUUUUAUUUUCUGAUAAAAGCUGAUAGUAUCACAACGAAGUACCGCAGCAGCCCCCGCAGCAGUCUUUUCUGUAAGUUCAAAUUAUAGAAUGUCACAUGAUAAAAAAAUGCUUGAUCGUGAAGCAGUUCGUUCAGUUAUACAACAAUGGAAUGCAAAUCGUUUGGAUCUCUUUGCACUAUCCGAACCAGAUGAGAAUUUAUUAUUUCAUGGUGUUAUGCGCUUUUACUUUCAAGAUGCCGGACAAAAAGUUGCUACAAAAUGUAUACGUGUUGCAUCCGAUGCAACAGUAUCUGAUGUUAUUGACACACUCAUCGAAAAGUUUCGCCCAGAUAUGCGUAUGUUAUCAGUGCCAAAUUAUGCACUCUACGAAGUGCAUGCAAACGGUGAAGAACGUCGUUUAAAUCCAGAUGAGAAGCCAUUAUUAGUACAAUUAAAUUGGCAUAUCGAUGAUCGUGAGGGACGUUUCCUGCUUAAAAACAUCGAUCAAAAAACAACGCCCAUCGAACAAUCAGAUAUGAACUUCAAGAGAAAACUCUCGAAGCGUGAAAAAAAGGAACAAAAAAAGAAAGAAAAGCUUGCUAAACUUAAUUCAGAUGCAGUUGGUGGCAUUCAUGGUGUCAGUACGAAUGGUAACAGUGCGAAUAGUGGCGAUGGUGAAGCACAAGUAGCAGGCAAACUUUAUACAGAAUUGCCAGAAACUUCCUUUACACGUUCCAUUUCAAAUCCAGAAGCGGUAAUGCGUAGACGAAGGCAACAAAAACUAGAAAAGAAAUUACAACAGUUUCGUUCACGUGAUGGCGGACCAGAUACAGGUGGAACGUUAAAAAUUUAUGGCGAAAGCUUAUGCCAAGAUGUGCCUUAUAAGACGCUAUUAUUGUCGAUACGAGAUUGUGCGCAAGCAGUUGUUAGAGAAAUGCUGUCAAAAUACGGUUUAGAUAAAGCGGAUCCAUUGCAUUAUUGUCUAGUGCAGGUAAACAGUGAUGGUACAGAAUAUAUACUUGAUGAUGACGAAUGUCCACUAUCCAUACUGAUGAAUCAUCCCACUUCAAGGGGCUCCAUCAUGUUUCAUGUGAGAAGACGUCCAGCAGACUCACAGCCACGGCGACGUAAGAAAAAGCCCUUAGGCGCAUCAAAUGGGACCAAUAGUAUAUCAAGUGAUCGCGAGGGACCAGUCUUAGUUGAAGUAACACACAGUGGCGACGGAGGAAGACGUAUUAAACUGAGCAAUGAUCCUGUUGAAGUUGGUUCAGCUAAUACAAAUUGUCUGCAAUUAUUCGGGCCUUCCAUACAACCACGUCAUUGUCUCAUAUCUCUGUUGGAAGGUGUAUGCACAGUUACGCCUCUUCACACCGACGCCUUAACAUUUGUUAAUGGACAUCAUAUAACACAACCAACUAUUUUGCAUAACGGUUCUGUGGUCAUGUUUGGACGUGUUGCUUCAUAUCGCUUUGUGGACUCACCUACUGAUGGACGCUAUAAUCUAGCUUUGUCACAAUCACAAUUGGACUCUGCUUGCUUAUAUGAAAGCAGUCGUUCACCAACUUCGCCAGGUUCCUGGAACGAUGAUGAUGGUGCACUCAGUUCGACACAAAAAAGUGAUUAUGAACAAAAUCAUAUUGGGAACAACAACGCCAAUAACAGUAACAAUAAUGGUGGUAUAAGCGGUAAUUCUGAGAAUUCUCCAAAUUUACGAGAUUCUGAAGAGAGUAAGUUUCCACGCAACAACAGUGAUCAUCACUCAGGUCAUAUAGGCUAUGAUGGUCAGAGUGUUGAAGGUAAUCUGGAGAACGAAACGAAGUCAAUUUCGAGUUUAAAAUCUGCUGGUUCCAAUAGUCAGGACAGUUCUCACUUUAGAACACCAAAAUUGCCACCCACAACUAGCAGCACUGAUAACCAAGGACAGGAACCAAUUUUACCCGCCGUUUUGGAAUUUCCUGAAACUCAUCAAGAGUUAUUUCUAAGACACAUCAUAAGUGAAUUGGAUGUGAAUGCGCCACAUUUUAAGUUAGCUCCUGUCUAUUCGUUGUAUUUGUGUGCCAGAUACCGCGCAUCAACACAUUACCGUCCAGAACUGCAACCAACGGAACGUGCGCAUAAGCUGACGAUUUUCUUACAUCAUGUAGCCAAUCUUAUAUAUAGUGUGGUACAAGAACAAUACUCAGAUCCACGCAUACUAGCUUUCUGGAUGGCAAAUAGCUCAGAAUUUUUACAUUUUCUUAAAUCCGAUCGUCAUAUAAGCGCGUUCAGUGUACAAGCGCAAGAGGUACUGGCCGAAAGCGUACAAACGGCAUUUCGCAAUUUAGUGAAUUGUUUCCGUCUUGAGCUCUCACAAACACUUAAUCAAUUUCUGUCCGAAACAAUUGCGCAUGACUCUGCUGCUGGAUUGGUCUUAACAGUUCUGGGUUCAGCAAUGGCACUGUUACGCCGUUGUCGCGUCAAUGCAGCACUGACCAUACAAUUGUUCUCACAACUAUUCCACUACAUCAAUGUUAUAUGCUUUAAUACGAUUGUGGCUAAUUCACAUAUGUGCACAGCGGAGUGGGGUAAAGUGAUGAUUGAACGUCUGCAAUUGCUUGAACUUUGGGCCGAACGUCAGGGACUUGAACUAGCGGCCGAUUGUCAUUUAGCAAAAAUAAAUCAAUGUGCACAAUUUCUGCAAGCACCAAAAACUUCCGUAGAGGAGAUACAACAGUUGGCGUGCACUUGCUUUCGUUUAAACUCACUUCAAAUGGCUGCGUUGUUGCAACAAGAAAAAAUACCCAGAAACUUGGUUGAUACUGCUAUACGUAUGGCUGAGUCUGUAGCCGAUGAGCUAACACGUGCCGAUGGUCGUGAAGUGCGUUUAGAAGAAUCACCAGAAUUACAUUUAGCUCUGCUAUUACCUGACGAUGGAUUUAGUUGUGAUGUCGUACGUGGUAUACCAUCUGGAUUAGUAGAUUUCUUAAAUCCAUUACAACAGCAAGGCAUGUGUCGUUUGGCUGCUCAGCCAACGUCAAUUGGUUUAUGGACCGUAUAUAUGCAUCAAUUUAAUGCGCGAUCAUCUAGUUCUAUGUCUAACAAAUUACCCCAACCCGAAGUUCAAGUUAUUAAGCUACAUAAAAAUUCAAGUGGCAUGGGUUUAUCGAUUGUUGCUGCAAAAGGUGCAGGCCAAGAGCGAUUAGGUAUCUAUAUUAAAAGUGUUGUACCUGGUGGUGCAGCUGAUGCAGACGGACGCUUACAAGCAGGUGAUCAACUACUACGUGUGGAUGGUCAAAGUUUGAUAGGCAUAACACAGGAAAGAGCUGCGGAUUAUUUGGUGCGCACAGGACCAGUUGUUACAUUAGAAGUAGCAAAACAAGGCGCGAUAUAUCAUGGCUUAGCUACACUUUUACAACAACCUAGCCCAGUUAUUCAACGUGGUAAUCGCCGCAUGUCUGAACGUGAUUUAACACGUAUGGGUGCUGAUUCCAAACACAUUGGUCCCCUCAUAACUAAUACAACACAAUUACAAAAUAGUAAAUCGGUACCAGCAUUGCAUCACCAUAGUGGAAGUGGUACUAUUUCCGUUACCAACUCCAAAUCACGCAGCACCCACAGUCUUGUCAAUCAUACCAACAGCAACAAUACUUUAGGCAACAACGAACAAGGAUUUUAUCAGAAUCUAAGCGUAUAUCGUGCACAAAAUCAAAGCCAGCCGAUAUUAGCUGAAAGAGCCCAAAUGCCAUCACAUUCCGCAAUGAACACGUACAAUGGAAAUUCCCCUCACAACGCUCCAAAUCAAAUUUUAUCACCAGCAAAUGGAACUUCAGGAAAUCAACACCCCCAGCAAUAUCAACAACAACCUCAGCAUCUGCACCAUUCAUCAAUAACAACUCCAGUGAAUUCUAACUUACCACCUAGCCGUCCAGUAUCAGCCUAUUAUCAUAGCAACACAAAUCCAACCGUCGCAACAGCGUUAACCAGUAACCCAAACGCAGCACAGAUAUCCUUGCAACAGCAAUACUCACAAAAUGCACACAGCAUUAGCGCCAGUAGCAGCAAUUUAAAUGGGAACAUUGGUGCGACAGGUUUGCAACAGCAUCAGCAUCAGCAUAUGCAACAACAACCGCAUUUGUCACAAAUGCAGCCGCACUCAUCAUUAACUAUGGGAAAUCGUUCAAAAAGUACACAAAACUUUAAUCGUGAAAUGCAAAAUCAACACAGUCUUCGCAUGCAGCAAAUGAUGGCACCAUCGAUGCCCAACAUAAACAACAUGUAUGGUCAGCAGCAACAGCAACAACAUGUUAGCAGUAACAUGUCCACUAGUCAGAGUAUGCAAAAUGUUAAUAUGAGCAGUGACUUACCCAUUCAAUACCAGAAUGGCACGGGUAAUGACGGCUACAUGCAACACCAGCACUCACCAGCUGGACAAACCUUGCGUCGAAAUUUGCGUCAUGAUAUGAUGCAGCAUGCAAGUGGCUUGGAUAGUGCACAACAUUCACCAAAUCAUAUAUUGCAACAGCAUCAGCAACAUAAUAUACAACAGCAACAACAAACAAAUUUGUUGAAUUUACCACCAAAACCGAAUAGUAUGCAGCAACAACAGCUAUCACCUGCUAAACAGCCACAACAACAUUUACCACCCACUGCACCGAAACCACAACAGCAUCGUUAUCAACAUCAACAGCAAUAUAUGUAUCAACAGCAGAUGGAAGAUAAGCCUCCACUACCACCGAAUGCUACACACCCGUUGUAUAAAGCAACACAACAGAUUACACCCGGCAUGAACUAUGUUGCAAGCACUUUGGAUCCACCAAAAGGUGGUUAUGUGCCAGUAUCUAAUGCUGCAGCUUUACAGAAUCAAAAAAAUUUCUUGGGUACUAAUCCAUGGGAACGGGAGGAACGUGAAAAAGAGGUUGAAAUACGACGCGAGCAUAUACGACAUUGGCGCGAGCAGCAAAUAGCAGAGCUCUCCACAUUGUCCACACGUACACCACAACAAGAGGAGCAAUUAAAAACUUUAAUACUUGAACGUGAUUUUGAACGACGUGCACAAGAAAUUGAAGAACACGAAGACGAAAGCGAACCAUCAUACGAAAAGGACAAUUUACAAGAAGUAUUCCGCUUGACAACUCAAGCAAAUGCCAUACAAACUCCAGUCACAAAUUUCCGUCAAACCGAAAUUAAAAUAGCUUCGGUAUUAGAUAACGUCGGCAAUAGCAGUAGCCAACAGCAAAGUACAAACUCUGCGGAUAUCUCACCAAUCUCUUCUACGCGCAGUUCUGCUGCUGGUGUUAGUACCGAUGGCUUACAACAACCACCACCGCCGCUACCCAAUAAUCCGCCACCACCUGUAACAUCAGCAAACACUGUUAUGCAACCAAAGAGCAUUUUAAAAAAUAAUCGAUAUGAUGGCUCCAGUGUAGCACCAUCAUCCCCAUCAAAGUCACAAAAAUCAACAAGUUUUGCAGAUGAUCGUCAUUUGCAAACAGAACAUACAAUUUCCAAUAUAUCUAAGGAUAUAUCGCAUUUAUCCUUAAACACCUCAAAUGCACCUACAAUACCUACAUCAACAUCAACAUCUACAAUAACAAACGAUACCAAUUCUAUGGAUAAUUCAAGUGUGCCUCCACCACCACCACCUGAACGCAAUAGCUCUUACUUAAUAAUGUCACAACAAAAAUUACGCAAUUCUUCCAUUGGUUUGCUUAAGACCGCCACAAGCAAUGCUGCUGAUACGAUAAACCAAAACUCUAUCAAAAAAGCAAAUAUUCUGAUGAGCAACAACAACAACAACAAUAACAUAAGCAACAAUUUAAUUACCAACUCGACGACAAUGGAGAUUAGUAGUAGUAACUACACAACCAAUAAUAUGCUGCUGCGUGAUAAUAAGCGUGUCUCUUUUCAUGACGAAGAGAAUAAUUUUAUUAACAGUACGCAACAGCAACAAAAUCAAUACUCUCCUGAACUUUACACCAACGAAAAUCAGAUGCCAGUAGAUCUAGAAACGAUACGUGAAGAUACAAGUUUUCUUCAACAUACCUUAGAUACAUCCAUGUUGCCAUCAAUGCCUGCUACACCGGACGCUGCACUUUGGAACACUACUGUGCAAUCGACACCAGGUGUCAUAGGUGCACAAGAAGUCUACAGAGAUCCACGUCAACGCCGUCUAGCUGAAAAACAACAGCAACAACAGCAGCGCAACACUGAAGCUGUACCAGAGAAGUUGAGUUUUAAAGAGAAAAUGAAAAUGUUUGCUCUGGAAUCGGGUGAAGAUCAUACACCAAAAGACAAAUUAAAAAUAUCAAGAGCACAGAGAGAUAUUGAUGCAGUGCAUUAAGAGUCACAAAUAUAAAACAUUAACAUCACAUGUACACAAAAACAUAUAAACGAAAGGCAAAAUUAUUUAAAUAUUCAAAAAUACUUAAUUCAUAAUGUAAACUAUAUCAAUUAUUGAAGAGCAAAUAUAACAACCUUAUUAGAAAUAGUUUUU